AAAACAUAAACAAAAUUGCGUAUUACCGAAAUAUUUUAAUUUAGACACGUGCGCCCAACAACAGGUAACAAACUCGGCAUUUGUGAAUGGUCUGAUUCGGGAGGCGUGGCAAAGAUCGUACGAUUUUUUCGUACGUACGCAACAACAAUUGUUUACUUCCCCAUGACAUCAGGCAGAUGUUGUUGACUUCGUUAGUUGUUUUAUUUAAGCGCAAUUUUUUAUUAUUUAAGGCCGAGCAACGAGUCAAAGCCCCAUAAUCAACAAAAACCUUCAAGUGAACAGAACAGUUAAUUAUCGUUAUCCCUAUAAGCAAUCGUGAUAAUCGCGAUCAGUGAUUUGUUUUAAAUCGUUGCAAAAGUGCCAUUGUUUGAUAUUAGUUGAAUUAAAAGGUGAUGUCUUUCAGCAAAAAUAUAUCUCGAUGUGGGAGAUGUGUUACAACAGUUCCGAGGAGACGUUACAACUCUGGCGGUUCUGAGGCUGUGGAUUCCUUAAAAAUGCAGGCAAAAAGCGUAGUUUUGAACCAAUUUAAAUUGAUAACUCAGUUAAAAACCUACUUCUCGGACAAGACUUUUGAAAACGCUCUGAACAAGGAAUUCGCGCACUUUCUUCAAAAAAUCCAACCCAAAACAUAUGGUAGUGAUUUAGUUAGAUAUUUUGAAUCAUCAGCUGCAGUACCAAAGGUUUUAGAGAGGGAGAAGGAAGGUAUUUCUUUACCUAACGUUUUUAAUGGAUUCAAGUUUGGGUAUGGGGCUAAAAUAGAAGAAAAAAAGAGUACGUUGCCAAAGUGGAAGCAUACUAAAGCCCUCGUGUCAAAGGAAUCCAUAGCCUGUCGAACUAGUCAAGUUGUGUCUUCUAUAAUAUCAUCUGAAAGUAUAACGUCCAGACACGCUAGAAUAGAAGAAUUAAUACAACACUUAAAGCAAUAUCCAGAAGCUAAACGCAAUGCUGUAAAGGAUGGUGCCAUACGAGUGUUGUUAAAAGUGAGAUCAACAAACAAGGAUUUGCUAGUGGCGGAAUCUCUAGGAGAAGCCAUUUCUUUGCUGGGGCAUGCAGACCCCGUCCCAGGAAAAGGCAUUAGGAUACUUUCUGUUGACGGAGGGGGUGUUCGGGGGUUUUUGGUCAUAGAAAUGUUGAGGAAAUUGGAGGAGCUGACUGGAAAACCAGUCUCUGAAAUGUUCGACCUCAUAUGUGGGGUCAGCACUGGGGCCAUACUUCUAACUUUAGCAGGCUUGAAACGGUGUUCUUUGGACGAAGUUUCCGAUAUUUAUAGAAAUUUAAGCACGCAAAUUUUUACGCAAUCGACAUUCAAAGGGACAAGUAAUUUGGUGUGGAGUCACUCGUAUUAUGACACUGCACUGUGGGAAAAACUGUUGAGGGCGGUGUGGGGCGAGAAGAUGCUUAUAGAAACACAAAGGGACGCUAAAGUACCAAAAUACUGUGCUGUUUCGGCUGUGGUGAAUCAAGCCAGAUUGUCAGCGUAUGUGUUUAGGAAUUAUGAUCUUCCGUUUAGGGUGCAAUCGAACUAUCAGGGGGGGUAUAAUCAUAAAGUUUGGGAGUGUGUCAGGGCUUCGGCAGCUGCUCCUACUUAUUUUGAGGAAUUCAAAAUAGGAAAUAUGUUGCAUCAAGAUGGUGGUAUUUUGGUGAACAAUCCUGCAGCCAUUGCCAUUCACGAAGCCAAAUUACUAUGGCCCAAUACUCCCAUACAGUGUGUUGUAUCUUUUGGUACGGGCAGAACCGAACAUCACACUGUAGAGGGUAACCAACAAUCUCUGGGUAGUUCAUCUUGGAAGGAUAAAUUUCUGACUAUUCUUAAUAGCGCCACCGAUACAGAAGGUGUCCACACAAUGUUGUCAGAUCUUCUCCCUUCGAAUGUCUACUACCGAUUUAACCCAUACUUAACGGAAAUGUUGGAUAUAGCGGAGAUAGACCCACAAAAAAUAGAGCAAUUAAAAAGAGAUGCUGUAAUGUAUUUAAGAAGAAACGAAGAUAAAUUUAACGAGGCUGCACAAGCUCUUAACGUUAAAAAAAGUAAGACAAAGCAACUUUCAGAAUGGUUCCAUGUUAAGAAAGAUAUCUUAGGAUUUAAACAACAUUGAUAAUGUUAUUUUUAAACUUUUUACGCUUUUUUAUUGUAUGACCUGAAUUUAUACUGUGAUUGUUUCUUAUAAACUUUUUAUUGUACAUAUUGUGAUAUUUUUAUAUUUAAUAUAGAG